AUGGAGGCGAAAGAGAAAAAUGUGAACACUGAGUUUCAUGCUUUGCGUGCUCGGCGAUCAUUUUGUGGUGCUACAGCUCCACCGGAUGAAGGAGUAGUCUCUGUAAUCAACUUCGACGAUUUUGCUGAGAAAGACUGGUCCUUUCUUGAUUCCGCUGAUUUCAGUUCUGGUCCAGAUUAUAACCUGAACAUUGAUCGCAUUAUAUCUGCGGGAGAAAUUGAAGAAACUUCAAGAGUUAUGGUUUCAAUUGGUUCCGAAGGAUUUGUGGAUCGGGUGGUUGAAUCAUCACCCUGCAAUCUCUUGCUUGUUGUCCAUGAUUCACUUUUUGUGUUAGCUGGCAUUAAAGAAAAAUAUGACAAGGUUAAGUGUUGGCAAGGAGAAUUAAUAUAUGUACCUGAUAAGUGGGCACCUUUAGACGUUGUGUUCCUUUAUUUCCUUCCAGCCAUGCCCUUUACACUUGAUGAGGCGUUUGGAGCACUUGCAAGGUGUUUUUUGCCAGGUGCAAGACUGGUUAUUAGCCAUCCCCAAGGAAGAGAAGUUUUAGAGCAACAACGACAACAAUAUCCAGAUGUUGUAACUUCUGACUUGCCUGAGAAGAAGACUUUACAGGAAGUUGCGGCACAACAUUCUUUCGAGUUAACCGACUAUGUCGACGAGCCUGGUUUUUAUCUUGCUGUAUUAAAGUUUAGUGGGGCAAGAAACUGA